ACUGUUCUCUUAUUCAUUGGCUAAAAAGAAAUAUUGAAAUGAGACAGUAGGAGGGCGUGGUCAUAAUGAACAAGAUCUAAGAUGGCGGUGUUUAAACAAGACAAACUUCCAAGUUUUCUAAAAGCUAGAUAAGAGAGAGGAGCUAUUUCAAGCAUCUCUAAAGGCUAUUUCAAGCAUCUCUAAAGGCUAUUCCAUCAGCUCUGCAAAGUCUGAAAACUUAAGUAAACCCUAUAAGAUUAAUUUUGCCACACCUCAGCUGAAUUUACCAAAAGGAUGGGCCACUUUUCUGUUCUAAUAUUGAUCCAUAUCCUUUUGAUAUUAAGACCAGUAGAAGGCGAGAAUAAUGAUGGACACUGCUAUGAUCAUGAUGAAUCAUCGUGUUCAAAGAAAGGUAGCUUGAAGAAGGAGGAGACAGCCGUCAAUACUGGAGGUUUCAGUUUUUGGGGUGCAUUUAAAAAAGUUGGUAGAGCAGCAAUAAAUAAAGUACAUGAUUUUUCGAUGGAAGUAGCAAACAAUAUUGGUGAAAUUUUAAGAACUGUAAUUAAUGAAGAGGCACUGAAUGCUACAAUAAGUGCUGGUAAAGAUGCUCUUAGUCAGAUCUUUGACUCAAAUAACACAGUAACUGCAGUUGGCUCAAAAGUUUUAUCAGUCUCAAUACUAGUUGGAGUUAUGUUCAUAAAUUAUUUUCUGAUACAUUAUUUUUCAUUGCUUAGUUUAUUAACAUUAGAUGCUGGCAUAGCACUACUUCAUGGAAUAUUUGGGCCACUCCAAAUAAUUAUCUGGUUUAUUACUGGCUGCAGUCUUAUAUCCCAAGGACUAUUGUAUACUCUCUAUUAUCCUCAAUUUUCAGCUACAUUGCUCAUACUUUUAUUUAUAUUCAGUUGCUGUUGUUGGCCGUAUUUGAGACGCCAGUCGAGGUAUCUCAGGAACUCAUCAGACACUGUAUUUGUGAUUGAAGCUCAACUAGAGAGGCUGGAGGCUCAUCUUGCACAGAGGAAGGAAAGAGAUAAAGAAAUAAAAGCUCAACUUGAUAGAAUAGAGGGAAUAUUAGAGAAAGACAGUCCUUAAACCACUUUAUUGUAGUAAAGUUUUAUUCUACAUGUACAUUAAAUUUUUAACUUUCAACCACAUUGUGUCAUGUGGACAGCUUCUUUACUUAAAUUAAGCCACUUUACUUAAAUUGUUAAAUUAAAAAUUAAAUUAAAUUUCAUUUACUUUGAUAUCUAUGCCAUAGAUAAUUAACACUACGUAACUGGAUAGGAAGAUUAUAUACGGUACUGUAUACCAAUGAAUGAUGUCAUCACACAUUAUAA